ACCAGACUUCCAAACCUGAGCAUCCACCCCAGCAAACACAUCUCCAAUAAUCCCUCCAACCCCAUCGCCGAGCUUUUUCAGGCGCUCUCCUCUCAAUCAACCAUGUUUUCCCCCUCAAUCUACACCGUCAGCGUCUUCCAACUCGGCCUCACCUCGGCCCUCAGCGCCUACGGCCUCUACCUUUCCUACCAAAACAUAACCCGCCUGCAGCAAUACGAAAAGCAGAGCGAAAAAGCCGCAGAAUGGUCAAACACCGCGGCGCAAAGACUGCACAAAACGAGGUCGACGCAGACUAGUGGGACUGUGACGCUACUUCUUAGUUUCAUCACGUCUACGGCCCUCCUCAUCGUACCUAGUCUGGCGUCUACAAAAGUACUGGUUGGGGCUGGUGCGGCGAAUGCGGCGGCUGCGUACCUCGCUCGGGUACACAUGAACAACUUUUGGAACGACAAGAACCAGACGAAAAUUCCGUUUGUUGAGAAGUUCAAUGAAGCGAUACGGGGCAGUGAGCUUGUCGUUCUGUUACUGGGCACAUUGAGUCUGGGAUGGGCAGCAGCAGGAGGCGUGUGGGCGGGCAUGGCGAACGGCGGAAGCGGGAUUUUGGGCUUGGGUGUUUGGGGACUGGUUGUGGGUGGACGGGUCAUGUCGAUUGCGCCGCAGAUGGGGUGGACGAGUAGUACUUAGUGCUAGGCGGUAGGAUGCAGGAACGGUCUACUUUGAUCUCCUAUAUACGGGUAUCUUAAACAAUGAAUCAUAACUUC